AUGAAAAACACUCCUACCCUCACUUUCCGAAAAGGGGACGAUGAACGGGCUUGGGCUGAAUGGGAAGCCAUUAAGAGGGAACUUUUACUAUCUGGUAUUCGUGUUACGUGUGGAGCUGAAGAAAGUCCACGAGAUGGUUCAUAUCUUCCGGAGAACACGAGGCAGUCGAAAGCACAAGGGUCAGAGAUCUUGGUUCGCCCUACUAACACACUGACCAUAACCGGCCUGCCUCAUCCGCUUUUAGACCUCGAGUCUCGAGAAGAAAAAAAAACAGGAAGUGGCUAA